AUGUUCACAGAAGACCGUGAGACCAAUGUUCGAGCUAUGACUUUUUCUAUUCUUUCUUCCAUAUCUUCGUGUAUGACAUCAAGCAACUACAUCAGUUCUCAUCUGAUCAUUGCAUCACAAAGUUCUUUGGUUCUUGCACCGCAGCACAGUGAGUAUCUCGAGCACUGCAUGGAAAAGGUUCUUGAUCCAGAGGAAGCAGAGUACGUCAGAUAUCAAGCCUCGAUGGUUCUGGCACUAUCGUUGUCAGACACUGCGAUCGAUAUUGAGGACGAAGACGAAACGCUUGAUGUUUUGUCGUCGUGCAGUAUGCGAACAAGCGAAUCUCUUUUGUUGUCGAGCGACUCGUUGCAAGAUUCAACACGCUUCCAGAACACUUUUGACAAUGUUGAAAUCUCGAAUACGGAGAGGACGCAAGAGCGAGAUGCUUUUGCGAAAACAAGGAUUCUCAACACGAUUUCAAUUCUUGAAAGAAGUGAGUUUCUGCACUUUUUUGGCAAGUUGAUCUCGGAAAUGAGUCAAUCGGCUGAAAACAAACAAAGUUUGCUUCUCAUGGCUUGCGUGACUAUUGUUUACAACUGGAGCCUUAUUGAACCUGUUAAGGUUUCAAGUUUUCUUUCAGAUGAUAAGUUAAUAAUAGGUGUAACAAGGCUCUUGGAUCCGAUGCUUAUGAUUCAAACAGAACUUUCUCGACCUCGGUACUCAACCCACGUUGGUGAAGCACUUGUUGGGUCCAAUCUACACCUCCACACAGUUACCACUGGCUCGAUUCCUUGCAUGCUUCAUGGUGUUUCUGUUCUCUGCAAGAUGCUCACGACUUACGUAGAAUCCAAUGAAGAGGUCGUGUUCACUCUCGUUCACAAAUCCAGUAUGCUCGAGUCUGCAGCAAAGCUAUUGCGCUAUAGAUUCUCCAAUCAGGCAGCAAACAAUCGAUGCUCGAAUCUGGCAUGGAUUCAUCGCCAUAUCCUAAAUGCUGAGCUUGUUGCAAAGACAUCACUUACCUCCUUACUUUGCAGUAUCUUAAGCAGAGGCAGGACUGGAUUUGAAGCCUCUAGAAUCUUGAUGGAACAAGAUAUCAUGGACGCAUGUCUUAGUAUGCUGCUUCCUUGCUAUCAUCCUUCUUUGAAUUACAGUGGCUGUGCUCUACUAUCUCAUGUUUCUGCACAUAUAUCAGAUCAAGCUUGCAAAACUUUGACGCAGGCAGGCAAACUUGGAGAAGAGAGCAAAUUCUGUGACCACAAAGCAGAUAAGUGCGUUGAACGAGAAUUGUCAAAAAGGUUGCUUGGAAUUUAUCAUCAACUCUACGAAUCGAGUGAAGUGGAGAACAUAAGCGUUCAUCUCAAUGUCGAACAAUACAAAGGCGCUGUUGUGGCUGCAAUCUGUUCCAUCUUAAGUGCUAGCACCCAAUCGAAGGAAUUUUGCCUCUCGGUUGGCUUUCCCGACGCCCUUGUGUCUGCAUUGGAUGCGAGGUUGAAUCAAAUGCUUCUGUACGAUCUCCACGGGAAAAACAACUUGACUUCUCGAAUUGAUGACUCCGGGUGGGUAAAAAGGAGCAUUUCGAUGACUACGAGUAGGAACAGAUCAAACAAGACGGUGAAGAAGAAAACAAUCAAAAGGAACCUUACACAGAUUGAAACAGAGAUCGUGUUUAUUCUCGAAAUUUUCAAGAAUCUCCUCUACAACUCGAGUUUGGAAAUCAAAUCCUAUCUAUUGAAUGCGGGACUUCCCAACGUCAUCUCGAGGCUCCUCACAAAGUCCUGCUCCCAGACUGACAAAGUCGUUGAGUCGAUUAUGCAAAUGCUUGCCAACCUUGUUUUUGAGUGCGAAGCAGCAUGCCAGGCUAUGGCAGAUGGAAGAAGUCACGGCAUGAAUCUUCUGCAACUUGUGAUGAACAGCAUGGGAAGAGUGCAGGCGAACAGUGAUCUCUGGCAAGACUACAUGCGUGUACUUUCCAGCAGCUGUUCGUCAUGGGAGUGUCUCUUGAUCCUGCUCAAGAGUCGUGUGAUCCAAGACGUGUUGAACAGGAUCGAUGAGUUCACGGAGUCGAAGUGCGUUGAGAGUGUUGCGGCGGCUCUUCUCUUUCUCGUCUCUUUGUCUUUCCGUGAAGAGGGUCAAGUUGGGCUGCUGCGAAUCCCACAAUUUGUCGAGCUCCUCGCAAGAACUCGAUCCUCUUUCAUCCUCAACGGUCGCAUCCGGCAUCUCGUGGGACUGCUCUUCCGCAACUUGACCUUCCUUCCAGCCGGGAAGGCACACAUUCUUAACCAUGCUGGAGCUAUGGAGGCUAUCAUAGAAGAUCUUGAGAUGUCUACGUUCGUCCGGGAGAGCAGCAGCUGCCGAGCGAUAGCGGCCAACGCUGUGUGGUCGCUCCUCUACCUCCACGAGAAAUCGCGGACUACAAUGAAGACGAAUGGAUUUUCCAUUCGGAUCCAACGCGUCUACGAGAGCCUCGCGUCUUCACAGGACAGCUCGAGUGACGGGUGGGAGAAGAGCGCCAUUGAAAGCUUGCAGGCCGCUCUCAAGAUUCUGGAUGUCUAG